UUGCGGAAGUAGUCACACUGUGAAGAGUGCAUGUGAAGUCAGAAGGAGGCACUGAGCUUUAGCCAAGUCUCGUGUUUAUUCUCAGAUAAGAUAAACGCACGCUUUGCAUUAUCGCAAACUAUUCUUUGUUCAUUCCGUCUUAGUUUUUGCCGACUGACAAAAUCUAAUCUUUUUGUUAUUAUUGCACUCGAAUGAAGCCCGUCCGCCUAUGAGCAUGGCCCGACCGUUUCAGGUCUGCUGCCUCCUCUUUAGGUUUUCUGCUCCCUCUUUGGCUUCCCCCGUUUAUUUAAACGGCGUCAGAUUCUCCAGCAGAGGCAGCAGCAAAGUCUGGGUGGGACAGAACCAUGUGAGCGGAGACGGAACCAGACCACAAACGUCCAGAUUCGACGAUGACGUAGAGCCUGAGCUGGAGGGGCUGGAGGAUAAGCUCCAGGAUGUGCUGGACAAGGAGAAAAAGAGACAGCGAUCAGUGAAGUUUGAUAUGAUAAGAAGGAAAAUGACUCCACCAGGAGCCCCACAGAGGAAACUAACGUGGGAUGCUAUUGAGCAAAUAAGAUAUUUGAAGCAAGAGCAGCCAGAGGAGUGGACGAUCGAGCGCCUCGCUGAGGGCUUCUCUGUCUCCCAAGACGUCAUCCUGAGGGUCCUGAAGAGCAAGUUUACUCCCUCUCCCAACAGAAAAGUCAAACAGGAUGCUAAAGUGAUGGUUAGACUCAGCCAGCAGGUGUUACCUUCUGAUAGCAGGAGGCAGGAGAACAAACUGAAGCUUCCUCAAAGUCAAACACCAGCUACACUCAUACCUAGACAGACAGAAGGUGCUCUGAUUUCUGAGACUGCUCCGGCUCAGGUGUUUCAAAGUAAAGGUUCAGCAUCUCUUGUUCCUGUUCAGCCUGCAAAGCUACCAGCUGGGACUUACAAAGAGGCUAGAGUGAAGGGGUCAACAGUAGACAGGGAUGGUUUUAGUACAAAGGAAACAGAGGAGGAUGAGGAGUGGGAGGAGAGCUGGGAUGGGCAGGUUCUGACAGAGGAGGACCUUGAGGAGAUUCUGGACAUGGAUAAACCCGCACCUGUGGUGCAGGUGGGGAACGAUUUCUUUGAUGCAGAGGGAAACUUUUUGUAUAGAACCUGAGGACAGAAUGAGUUGAAAUGCUGAAUGAAGAUGAUUUGUACACUGAAAUUAAUGUAAUAAAUAAUUUUCUUAGAAAUGAUCAAAAUCCAUGGAAUUAGUUUUAUAUUGAAGCCAUUUCUUUUAGCUUUUUAAAUAUAUAUAUAUUUGGUUUUUUUUUUCAUGUGCUGUAUUGCAGUAUUAAUGCUUUUCACAUUACAGCUGCACAUUUUAUUAGAAUUUAAUCAAACUGAUUUACUCAGAGUAACACCUAAAUGAAGGGAAAGUAAGUUAGAUAUGUUUUUUUAAAAAUUGUAUUCAGCUCUCAGAAAAUAUGUAAGAGAACCUUGCAAAAGGUUUUUGACAUAUGAGAGAACAUGUUAAGCCAUUCAGCUUGAGGGAAAACAGGCUGUUAUCUCUACAAAAACUUCUGAAUCUUCCUUCUCCCUAGAUUUAAAUUCUUAUCUAAUAUUUAUAGAAGGAAAAUGAGUCAUUCAGUGGUAUAAUUUGCAUAGAUAUACUCUUAAAUAAUGGAUGCUUGCUGAAGGUGUAGAUUUAACUUCCUUGCCCAGUAACACUAGAUGACAAGUGUUUUGCUCCAAAACUAUUAAGUGUCAUUCUUAAAUUUCCCUAUUCAAAUUAUUUUUUAGCUUUAUUUGGACCGAGGCCAAAUAAAGCUAAAAACAAACUGUUAAUACACAGAGUUUGCAGAUGUUCAAAGUCAGGAUCAGAGAUUAAUGAGUAUAUUUAAGCAUUUCCAGUGUCACAUGUCUCAACCUCAUCAGGGUUUAAUAAGACAUUUUGAAAUACAUUAUUCAGACACACUCAUUCAGAGUUCCUUGUGUUAUGCCACACCCAUAUCAGUAUCAUUUAUCGCAGGAAGAAGUCAUAGCAGCAACUUCAGUCUGAGGCAGCAUAACCACAUCCUGCAGGUGUUGUGUUUAAUUUGCCUACCUGCAGAAAUCUCCAGUUGCUAAAGUGCAUCUUGAUUUCUGCAUGUUUGAAGAAAGCAAUCAGUGGUUUCAGAGUUUAUUUUGGAGUAUGAGAAUAAAGGGUGAGUAUAAAUGCAUGCCAUACUUCAGAUUUCAAAUUCUACGCCUUCCAUUUUAAAACACACUCUUCAUUGUGGCCGAUCACAUAAAAUCCCAAGAAAUUACAGUGAAAGUUGUGAUUGUAAUGUCAAAUACAGAUUUAGUUUUUACAUACAAGCUAUUUGUGAAAGUGUAAAAAAUGUUUUUUUUAAUGUCCAUUACAUGUUAUACAGACAUGUAUACAUACCAAAACCAAAAAUACAACUAUUGCUUAAACCAGAUACAAUGUAUUGACUAGUAGCUGACUUCUGUGUGCAUUUCUACUCUAAUAAGGUUUUUAAAUUAGCAUAAUGUCAAUAUGGAGGCUAUUACAUCAACUGUCGACAGUGACAACAAAACUUUAAAGAACUUAAAGUGCAUUUAAGACCUUAGAAACACAACAUUUAAAUUCCAGUAUACAAGAUUUUAAACCAUUAAUAAACUUUUUUUUAAGCUGAUGGUAUUCACAUGAAAUAAGUAAACACAAAAAGAGGAACACGACUUUAUUGCCAAACCCAAAGAAAAGAGCCUCCAAUACACAGUAAAGAGAAACAGCAGUUACAAAUGUUCAAACUUGAAUAUUUACACAACCAAUCACAAAGACUCUUUAAAAUUGAUACAUCAGUUCGAAAAUGCAAGGAAAACGUGUUUUCUUUAACACAAUGCAAUAAAGCUUCAUUAAAUAGAUCUUAUUUUCCAGUGUAAUGCAGCUACAUAGUAACCUUUUUCUCUUUUGAACUUAAUUUCUUGUCAAACCGUCUGAACCAGAACCAAUUUUAAUAUCAGCCCCCAAAAAUAGUUUUUGCUUAAAAACCUUUUAGAGUUAAGUAUUGUUUACAUGCAGUUUAGCACUAACCUGUAUAAAAUAGAUAUUUACUGCGCCAGGAGUCUUUAUCAGGGUAAUAAGUGAAGCUUGGAGUUGUCACCGACAUUAACGGUUAAAACUAAUAAGAUGGUGGACGCCGGCCACAUGUCAGAUUAUCACACCAGGCACUUGUUUAACCACAUCCAAUUUACUGCACUCUACACCAGCUGGUUAUAAAUAAUGUAAACCUAUUUAAAACAAGACUGUGCGAAAAUGUUUUUAAGACAAAUCAGAGACGUGGUUGACAUGGUUACAGAUAAAACAGUGUAAAAGACGCAACCAGAAACAAACAUUAACGUUUGUAUUGCAGCUCAUCCAACCCCUACCAGGCUACAGUAAUUAUGCUUUACAACAUUUACACAAUUAAUUACCUUCUUUGCAUUGCUGUUAUGUUUUCAUCGCCAAUUUUUUUUUUUAUGCAUUUGGUUUUCUAGUUAAUGCAAAAGAUAUGUCACAUAUUUUGUAGAAGUUAGUAUAAAAACUGCUCAGAUUAUUACAAACACAGGUAUAUAGGAUGACAGCGAUCACUACUGUUACAACAGGUCUCGUUUAGGAAAAAUGAUCGACAAAUGC